UUACUGUCAAAUUAUUCAAUCAAUCCAGUCAAACAAAAAAAAUUGUGGACGCCACUUAUCGCUGGCGGUGGUAGAGUUUACGCAUAACGAUAGUUUUUCAAACAGACAAUGAGUUAAAUCUAUACGGCACGCAAUGUACAUCAAGUCGAUUAUAAUAGAUGGCUUCAAAUCGUACGGUAAGCGAACGGAGGUGCACGGUUUCGAUCCGGAAUUCAACGCUAUAACGGGGCUCAAUGGCACCGGGAAGUCGAACAUUCUUGACUCGAUCUGUUUUGUGCUGGGGAUAUCCAACUUGGUUCAUGUCCGAGCCACAUCCCUCCAAGAGUUGGUCUACAAGAGUGGUCAGGCGGGUGUGACAAAGGCGACGGUGACGCUGGUUUUUAACAACACCGACAAAGACCAGUGUCCGCUGGGUUACGAAAAAUGUAACGAAAUAUCGAUUACGCGCCAAAUUGUGGUCGGCGGGAAGAACAAAUAUUUCAUCAACGGGAAAACGGUUCAGAACAAGAAGGUGCAGGAUUUGUUCUGCUCGGUUCAGCUGAACGUGAACAAUCCUAACUUUCUGAUCAUGCAAGGUCGAAUCACGAAGGUGCUCAAUAUGAAGCCCCAGGAGAUUCUCUCGAUGAUCGAGGAGGCGGCCGGUACGAGUGUUUACGAGGCUAAACGCGAGCACUCGAUCAAGCUGAUCGAGAAGAAGGAUGCGAAGCUUAACGAGUUGUAUACGGUACUACGGGAGGAAAUCGAACCGAAACUGGAAAAACUGCGCAAGGAACGGGCUCAUUAUAUUGAGUAUCAGAAAAUUUGUCGCGACAUUGAGUAUCUGACGCGGCUUUAUAUUUCCCACAAGUAUUUGCAGUUUCUGAAGGCGGUGGAAAACUCAGAAAAAGACAUCACAGCCCUGAAUGAGGUGAAUGCGGGCAAUCGGAAAAAGAUCGAAGGAAAUAUCAACGAAUGCAAGGAAAUCGAUAUCGGAACCAAAGCACUUCAGGAAACAAUCGACACGGAAGGGGGAGGUGUGCUGGCGGAGUUGGAAGCAGAACUGAGUGUGGAGAGCAAAAAAGAGGCUACUGUGGCGGCUGAGAGAAACAGCACCAAGGAUAACAUUGGGGUGGAGCAGCGGAAACUUAAGAAUCUUUUGAAAAGUAUUAAGGAUGAUGAGAAUGCUUUGGGCAAGAAAGAAUCCGAAAUGCAACGGACAGGAGACGCGUUCCAAAGUUUGAAGGACGCAGACGAAGCGGACGCCAAAGCUUACGCGGAUGCUCAGAAACGUUUCGAAGCGGUAAGCGCUGGUUUGUCCACAAACGAAGACGGAGAGGCUGCUACCUUGCAGGAUCAGUUGAUUGCUGCCAAACAGAAGUCAGCCGAAUCGGCCACCUCUAUCAAACAGUGUGAGAUGGAGCUGAAACAUUGCCAACAGCUGUUGAAGGAAAAACAAGGCGACAUGAACUCCAGUGAUGCCGCAUAUUUAGACGAUAAGAAAAAGUUGACAAAAACCGAAGGGCAGAUUCAGUCCAUAACGGCGGAGUUGCAGCGGAUUGACUACGAAGAGGGCAGCAUUGAGCGUCUGCACGAAAGGAAACAGGUUUUGUCCCACGAAAUACGCAAUCUGCGGGGAGAACUGGACCGAAGAAACGCCUAUCGGUGGGACUUUCAAUAUCGCGAUCCAGAGCCAAACUUCGAUCGGUCGCUAGUGAAAGGAAUGGUUGCCAAAUUGGUGACGAUUCGAGAUAAAAAGUAUGCCCUUGGAUUGGGAACCGCUGCCGGUGGAAGCCUUUACAGUGUAGUAGUGGACUCAGAUACCACCGGUAAAAAGCUGCUCCAGAGAGGUCAACUGCAGACGCGAACAACGAUGAUUCCGCUGAAUAAGAUUUCCAGUCGAUCGAUUGAUCCGAACACGGUUCGGAUAGCGGAUAAUCUGGUUGGAAAGGGGCGUGCCGUGACGUCACUGUCCUGUGUGGACUACAAUCCUGAGCUGGAGCCGGCGAUGAAGUUCGUUUUCGGACACUCGUUCCUGGCGGAAGAUAUGAAUGUGGCCAAACAGGUGACCUAUCAUAAGAGCAUAAUGUGUCGUUCGGUUACCCUGGAUGGGGAUGUUGUGGAUCCGGGUGGAACCCUAUCCGGUGGCGCUAAGCCGAAGGGUGGAGCAGUACUGAUUGAGGUGGAGGAGAUUAAUCAGAUUCAGCGAUUACUCGCCCAGAAGGAGGCGGAGUAUCAGGAAGUUUGCGCGGAAAUAAGCAAACUGGAGAAAAUCGCACAUCGAUUUGGUCAAAUGAAGGAACAGCUCGACCUGCUUAACUAUGAGCUGAACACGCUUCAACAGCGUCUAGCCCAAACCACCUUCCAGCAGGCUCAGCAAGAAAUUGAAGAAUUGAAGCAAAAAUCUGAAACCUUCCGGCAGACCAUGGUGGAUGCUCGCCAGGCGCAAGUGCAAGCGAAUGAGAAAGUCAAGGAUCUCACGGCGAAGUUGGCGGACAGCAAGGGGCAUCGCGAGCGGGAACUUAAGUCGGCCGAAGAUGACAUGAAGCGGAUGAAGAAGAAAAGCGAAGACAGCCGGAAGAACUGGAAGAAGCACGAGCAGGGGUUCGAAACGUUGAAGCUCGAAAUUGAGGAGCUGCAGAAGGGCAUUACAGCUGCGAAGGAACAGGCGGCCCAGCUUGAGCAAACGAUAGCGGAGUUGGGACAGAAAUUGGAGAACAUAAGUGAGAACAGCAAUCAGAUGACGGCUGCCGUGGCCGCGGUGAAACAGAAGAUCAAGGAACACAAAGACCGGAUCAACAGCCAGAACAAGGAGUUGAAGGCAAGAUACCAUCAACGGGACAAGUUGUUGAAACAAAAUGAAGAACUGGAGCUGGAAAUCAAGAAAAAGGAGAACGAAAUUCAGAAAGUGAGGAAUGACAAUAAAGAUGGAUACAAUAAGAUUUCAUCUUUGGAAGAGAAGUACCCUUGGAUCACCGAAGACAAGGAAUUUUUCGGGGUGAAAAAUACACGAUACGAUUACAAUAAGGAAGACCCUCAGGAAGCUGGAAGGAAGUUGAACAAGCUGCAGGACUCAAAAGAGAAAAUGAGUAGGAAUAUCAACCAGAAGGCAAUGGUUCUUCUUGAGAGGGAGGAAGAGCAGUACAAAGAGGUGAUGCGUCGAAAGCAAGUUGUAGAGGACGAUAAGAAAAAGAUCCAGAAGAUCAUCACCGACUUGGACGAGGAGAAAAAGAAACAAUUAAAGGUGGCUUGGAUCGAAGUCAAUGAAAACUUUGGGAGUAUUUUCAGCACUCUGCUGCCUGGUACACAAGCCCAACUGGUUCCUCCGGAUGGGGUAAACUUCAUGAAGGGUCUCGAGGUGAAGGUCGGUUUCAAUGGUAUGUGGAAAGAGUCUCUAACGGAGCUAAGCGGAGGCCAGCGGUCACUGGUUGCUCUGUCGCUAAUUUUGGCCAUGUUGAAAUACAAACCUGCACCGCUCUACAUCCUGGAUGAGGUGGACGCUGCGUUGGAUUUGUCUCACACCCAAAACAUCGGUAACAUGCUGAAGGCACAUUUCACGAAUUCCCAGUUUAUCAUCGUGUCCCUCAAGGAUGGUAUGUUUAACAAUGCGAAUGUUCUGUUUCGAACCAAGUUUGUGGACGGUAUGUCAGGCGUGACGAGAACGGUAAACGUUGCACAGAUCAAGAAGGGUGCAGCUAGGUGAUCGUUAACGGAUCGGCACAGUUGUAUAAAGUAUGAGUAUAGCCUGGCGAGAUUCGUAGUUUUGUAAUUGUCGUCUCAUUAAUGAACUAAUGAUAUCUUACAUCUGUUAUUGAGGGAAACAGUAGUCUCACUGCAUUAUAUUAAAUUCAUUCAUAUUCAAGGGAUCUUUCCUUUUUGAUUGCCGAAAUCCAUUUAAACUCAUGUUGUAGAUAUUAGCAAGAAGUAAUGGGCACAAUUUGAUUACGCAAAUAAAAAUACGCAUGGCUUCAAAGAGCUAUCGACACACAUACAGCCAUUCCAUGCCAAACCGA